CGGUAAAGCGUUUCGCAUCUCGGGUUCGGGGUGAUGGCAAUAGAUGCCCGGCCCUGUAAAUUCGGUUUCGUAAGCGAAACCGGUGUGCGUGUGCUUUGUGUCACCGUUUCGUAGCUGUGUGCGUACCGACUACCGUACGGUGCCCAGCAGAUUCAGGGUGUCGAGCGACGACUCGGUCGCAGCAGCAGCAAACUCAUGAGGUAUGGUUUGUUUUUCUACUUAGUUCGACGCGACCAUUCGGAAGGAGUACAUGUGCCCAGCGGAUUAACAUUAAUUAUCAUUUUUAUUGUUGUUUGUUUAAUUAAACCAUUUCCCUUUUAACUGUUGGUAGCAAAAAAGGGUUUUUGUGCGUUGUGUGUGCGCGCGUGUGUUUUACUCUGUGUCGCGGCCUUGCGUAUGUGUGUGUGUGCGCGCGUGUGUGUGUGUACAUACGCGACUUAUUCACGGCCGUGCGUGCGUGCAAAAAGCAGGAAACCGUCCGUCAGACUGGUACGCGAUCGUCCACUGGCAGGAAGCUUCGGGACCCCCAAAUUCUUAUCUGCUACGGAAAGUGUUAAGCUUCAACGGUUUUUGGCGAAUUUUUGGCGAGGUGUUUUGCUGGGUGUUUAAUCUUCAUCCCUUCGCAAAACGCCUGCCCUCGACCGCGUCUCGCCCCAAAACCACCCCACACACGUGUAUGUGUGUGUGUGCGAGAGAGAGUGUGUAUGUGUGCGUGUUUUGUUUGUGUGCCCUGGAGUAUCUGGAGUGUUCUCGGUGUUACGGUGCGAAUCGUACGUGAACCAGACCAGAGAGUCAGCAAAAGCCUCACAAGGAAGGAAGGCCCCUGUAAGGUGUCCUCUCCUCAUACCCCCGCCCCCAGCCCUUGGGAAUAGAGCCACGAUCAAUCUGCACCAAGCAGCCAAGAGAAAAAAUACACGAGCACAAUUGAAGCAUUUGAAGAUCGGAAACGGAAAAGAAACAAGUGCCCACGCUUGGGUAGUAGAGCAGGCGAACCGAAAUUCUGCUGCCGUUUUUUUUUGGUGCGGUUUACUUCUCGAUGAAGCAAAAAUAAGUAGAAAUUCACUCGCGGACAGUGCACGUGUUAAUAGUACCGUCAGUGUAACAGUGGCCUGUGUAGACGUGUAAAUGUGCGCCUGUGUGUGUAGUUGUGUGUGAGAUUGUAUGUGAGAGGGUUGUGGAACUGAAAUCCGUCUUCAAUGGUGGUUUAGCUAACUUUACUUCCCUGCCCUCCCUUGCGAGAGGAAAAGCUUUUCUGUGUCCGCAUCCGUGUAAAACUUCGAUCGCAACCUAACUAUCAUCAACGGGAAAACACGGGCCACCGGGGGUACCGUCUAUGUGGAGUGUUUAGAAAAAGAUACGCCCGCGCCCGGGGGGUGAAAACCCCUGUUCAGUGUGACCCAUCCGUCAGCAAAAGGUGCUCAAGAAAAAUCACACACACCUCCCCAACGUGAUACACGAUCCAAUCAACAUCCAUCAACUAUCAAAAGUUUGCUGCUGCGAAAGAUCUAGGCAGCGCACCAGUAGGAAGGACGUCGGGACCGCCGUAACGUAACGCCAGCAUCGUGAGCAGCUACGCGCAUCAGUACGCGUCUGUUGGGGGUCGGUACUGCCAACAACACCCAUCCACCGUGGCGCUCCAUUCGACCGAGGCCCUGAUGGCGGGCUUCCUCAAGUCGUCCGAUCUGGGACCGCACCCGCACGGGUACGGUACCGCCCAUCAUCCACACCAUGCCCAUCCGCAUGGACCUUUACCGCCCGGAAUGCCUAUGACAUCGUUAGCCCCGUUCGGUCUUCCCCACGGGCUAGAUGCUGUAGGAUUUCCGCAAGGUAUGUGGGGUGUGAAUCCGAGGAAACAACGCCGCGAACGGACCACCUUCACCCGGGCCCAGCUGGAUGUGCUGGAAGCCCUAUUCGGCAAAACACGCUAUCCGGACAUUUUCAUGCGCGAAGAGGUGGCACUAAAGAUCAAUCUUCCUGAAUCGCGCGUACAGGUAUGGUUCAAGAAUCGACGUGCCAAGUGCCGGCAACAGCUGCAGCACCAGUCCUCAUCGAAUCUCAACAGCAGCAAAUCGUCCGGCGGUGGCGGUUCGAGCGGAUCGGCCCGUUCGGGACAGACCGGCGGUAACAAUGGUCCGUCCGGCGGUCAAUCCGGCUCAUCCGGCGGUGCCGGCAGCAACAACGGUAACAACGGUAGCCACAGCGGUACGAAGAGCUCGUUAGUGAACGCGAACAACAAACCGACGAUCAAGCACACGCCGAUGAACAACAGCCACAACAGCGGUAGCAGUGGGCCCGGUUCCGGCAGCGGCGGUGGUACCGGCGGCAACCAGUCAAACCCGGCCGGACCGAACCAUAAUGGGCCGCUCGGGUUGAGCCACAGCAAUGCCUCGCCGAUACUGCCGAUAACGCCGUCGACCUCCGUCAGUCCGCCGAUCAACGUGAUCUGCAAGAAGGAGCAACCCUCGUCCUAUCAUCAUGGGUCGGGUGGUGGUGGUGGCGGUGGCGGUGGCGGCGGCGGCGGUGUUAACGAAACAGGCGGCAUGAAGCCAACCGGCUACGACCUGCUGAAGGACACGGAGCUAAACCUGGCGCACCAUUCGUCCUCCGCGUACGUCAACAUUAACACGCGGCUAGGGCAAUCGCUCAGCUCGGCCGGUGUCGGCGGCGUCGGCGGCGUUGGCGGUGUGGGCGGCGUCGGUGGGGUCGGUGUUGGGGUGGGCGUCGGUGCGGGCGGCGGUCUCGGUAAUGGGCCGUCCGCCGGCAAUCUGACACCGCUCGGGUCGAACUCCUCCAUCAUGACGACACCGUCGCCACCGAUCACGCCACAAACGUCCCACAAUCCGCUGUCGUACGUGCCGAACCACGAGACGUACAACUUCUGGCACAACCAGUAUCAGCAGUACCCGAACAACUACAACACACCGUCCUACUACAGCCAGAUGGACUACUUCCAGAACCAGAACCAGGGUAACUACAAUAUGGGCCACACCGGCUACACUACGUCCGCUAACUUUGGGCUCGCGUCCACGUCCGCCCUGGCCGGACCGAUGGGUUCGCAAACGUUCAGCCCGAACGGGCUCGACUACAUGAACCCGCAGGACAAGUACGUCAACAUGGUGUAAGUAGCGGGACACUAACGACCCCUUGUCUGAACAUCCAUAUCACACACACACACACACUUGCACCACUCGACGCUGAGUGUCGCUCGAAGAGCUGCCAGCUCGCGCUCCUCUUGGUGACAGGAGACAGACUUGGACAGAGAGCAGAUCAUAUCAAACAGAGCAGAGAAAAAAAAAACACAAGACAGAAACAGGACUCUUCUUCUACUCACACUCACCUUCACGUGUAGCUCGCUCGUGUUCGUCACUAGCGUUCUCGAACGUUUCCUCGCUCGCUCGCAACCAAACACGAUGUUAUCAGCUCCUGUGCUCGUGCCCUAAAGUGGUUGACGGUGUGGAGCCAAGGUGCCAACACACACACACAUAUUCAGAUAUACUGCUACCCCCGAAAGCACCCGUUUGGGCUCGUUUCGAUGCAGUUCGGUUUGUGAAAUAGACAUUUAACAAAAAAAAACCCAUUUAGACGGUAGGUUUAAUAUGGCGGGUUAUAGGGAUUUAAAACAAAAAUCCUGAUGCGGAAUAGGAAUUUGUGUUGAUCGUGAGAUAGAAGAAGAACCCAACCGAGCAAAACAAAAAAAAAGAAAAACGUACGAAAAGCGUAGACAAAUGUUAUAUCAAAUAGUUCAUAUCAGUAUUUUCCUCCCUUUUGUGGGUGGGUGGUUCACCAUUUUAUUGUUUUGGGAGGUUCUUCUUUUUUUUUGGUUUUUAAUUUCUCCUGUAGCCUGUUAUUGUGCUACCGCCGUUUGCUUCACUGCUCCGGUCCGAGGUGUGUUUUUUGUAUGAUCGUUCACAAGCAAUCGAUUUCAAUCGUAGAUCUGUCACCAUUUUCGCAAUAGCUAAGAAAAUGUUUAAGCUACGAAAAACCCCAAGAUUUUCCCAUUUCCUCUCCCGCUUACCUUCCGCAAAGGCAAGUGUUACGAAUUAAAACUGUGUAUAGGCUGAUUGUUGUUUGGCUUGUUUUGUUUCCAUUUUUUUGGGCAAUCAACAAGUAUGAACUGAUCUUUUUUUGUUUAAAUGAAAAUAGCGUAUAAAGGGGUUUGCUUGCUAGAAAUAUGCAUUCCAGGCGAAACUGUGCAAUUUAGUUCAUUUCCAUUCGCUUCGGUUCGGUGGAGGGAAAGCAUUUUUUAAAAGGAAGAUAAAAUGUUUGUAUACCUUCGAAUCUUCUACGGUAGGUGGUUUUUUUGUCGUCAUGUAAAGCACCAACCGUCAGCAAACCCCUUUCCCAGGGUCCACACUCAUACACACAGACACGGUCCACCUAAACGAUGAUCCUUUAAUGGGCCUUUUUCUAACAAUUCUGCAAGGAUUGUGAAAAGAAACACGAAAAAGACAACAACAACAAGAAAAAAAACACGAUUUAGCAAAGAAAAUGAAAAUGACGCAAAAGUUAGCGCUAGUACGGAAAAAAAUAUAAAAAAAAACUGUGUGGAAAGAAGUAAAGGCGGGGUAUGUGAGAGGGAGGGAAAAUAAAACAACUCAUUGCGGCACUAGGUAGUACAUAAACUAUAAAACAUAUAUACAUAAUUUUUAAUUGCAAAUUAAAAUAUUUUAAACUGUAUAUCGUACACUAUUUAAGUUCGGCUAGAUAUUAAGAGUAAGGCAGCAAGAAAAAAAAACCGUAGCAUAAUCGUGUGCAUUAAAUACGAACGGGAACGGUUCACCUUCCGUCACAGCAAGCGAAGAAAAUUCGAAGCAACGAGUAAAUAGAGCAAAGAAGAAGAAGAAGAAAAAAAAACAGCAGAAGAAAGAAGAAAGAAACAAAAUUUAAACAAAAUAAAAAAUCGAACAGAAGUAUAAAAGAAAAAAAAACAAAAAACUUAUACAACAAGAACAAAAGCAAACAAAAAAGAAAAGAAAACUCUCUCUAGCACUAGGUACAAUAUUUUUCCCUCCCCCCCCCAACACGGUUUUCCAUAUACGCGUGAACGCAGGUAUGCAUGUGGUAGUAUGAAUGUGAAAAAGAAAGAAAGAAAAAAAUUAAAAAGAAACAAAAAAACCCGCGAAUAGUAAACAUGAACGAGUGGGCGAUGUGAAAGUGUGAAUGCGAACGUGUUAAUGAGCAAAUGGUAAAGAAAUAAAACAAAAAUAAUAAUACAACAAAACAACAACAGAAGA